GGGGGGGGAGGAGGGGGAUUCUCGUUAAUGUUCAUGCACAAACAACCCUUUCUCCAAAAACAGAAAUCUAUUUUUUCUACCGUGUGGCAAUAUCCAGGAUGGGCAGCAUUUGUGAAGUACUGUAGGCUACAACUCAGUUUGUGGAAGGUGGAAAAUGUGUUAAAAACACGUGGGCAUAUGCUUUCACAUACAGAACAUUGUAUGGUUAGUUAAUUUGUCAGAUUUUAGCCUUUACAUUCUUAAAUCGCUUGUAAAGUUAGAGCCUGUGUUGUCUGAAGGAAUUCUACUUUCCGUUCUUGAUUAACUAUUCUAGUCUUGUAACUUCAUUUACAGAAACAAGGUGAUUCCUGAGCAAUGAGAACAGAUGAAUAAAAAUGACUGUAUAGAAAACACUGACUGUAUAGCCUUUUGCUAUGGUUCAUUAUUGUUUUACUUCAUCUGAAAGACUAGCAUUCCUCCCGUUGGCAAUGUGACCUGAUUUUGUUGUGUGUGAUUCACUAAUACAACACCUAACCGUGUCCUUCAUAUUUCUAAUGUAUUCUGUUGCCAUUCUUUCCUUUGAGGACUUGACUAUAACAGAUUUAUGAUGAUUUAUUAUGAUUAUAAGGUCUUUUUCUCAGUAUUUGAAAGCUGACUAGAAUGCACGACACCCAACUCUUCAGCAUCGUUUGUUGGUUGUGCCAACUCCUGUGAAAGUUUAAAAACAACCAAACAAACCACUGUCUUCAGGUUUUGAGUUCUGGUGAAAACUUGAGAUUCUGGAGAGUGCAGUACAUCAUUCCCUUUCUGUUAGAACUAGUUCAGUAGCCAGGGCUGAUGUGGCUGCUGGUUGUGUAAGCUACAGGCAGUGAUCCUUGCAGGAAUGUGCGUGGUUACCUCUACAGUGCUGCUGUAAGUUGUGACCUAGGUGCAUUGAAGCAGAUUUUCUGUCAGUGAAUUACAAGAGUACACAGAGGUUUGUUUUAAACAGGCACGUAUCAAUGUACAGUAACUGUAAUCUGAAGUCUUAAUUUAGUGGUACCUCUGGAUGUUAAAUUCUUCAGUGAGCAACAUUGUAGCCCAGAAAAGUGAGUGUCAGCAGCCAUGGACAGGUACCUUUCUUUGUGUGUUGGAGGCAUUACUGUAAGGUCUCAAACCAUACUGUUCUGACAACCAUUUGUGUAUUCAGAACGCUGUUCGCUUGCAUACAGCAAUGGGAAAUCCCUCUGCUGUAGUGACUGGGCUGAGACACACGUUUCUGCUCAUGUGUAGCAACCUCAGUAUGCAGCCCUGUGUCAGUACAGAAUGUCAGUGUUCUGCUGCUAUUGGGAUCAGAUGUGAUGUAUGCAAAUGGCUGCUUAAAAACAUGUAAACAUGGGCUCUUCCUCAGUGAUUGUUGCCCCUGUUCUUAGCAAAACUUUGUUCUGGAAUACCUUUCCAGAAGAGCCUUUAGCAAUCCCUUCAGUUCUUGUAAUUGAGUAAGUGACAUAUAGAUGUGUUUGAGUCUGUUAAACAUUUUAGCUUACUGUUGCAUGUAAUUGCAGAGGGAGUGUUAUGGCUUCACAAAUCCAUGGCUACUUGCAUGUUUUAAAUGUGUACAUUACAGCCUCUUUUACAUUAAUGAUUUCUUCUCAUGAUUGUUAAACUUUCCUUUCUCUUCCAAAAUGUCUGACUUUAUUGCUUACAUUCCUUGGUUUGAGUCAAACAAACAACCUCUGCUUUCAUUGGCAUUGUGUCUGCCUAUAGUUCUACAACAAAGGGAGAAAACUCAACAAAUGGAUCAAAUAAAAGUUUUACGUGUUUUGUCUUUUGUUGGCUGUUCAAUAGCAUUUCAGCUAAGCAGUGUGUACAGUGAUGCCCGUGAUUCAGUAAUGUGCUGUUAGGUCACAGGAAACUACACCCGUAGCAAUCUGACACUUAGCAUUGCUGCUUGCCAAGUGCGCCGGGUCUAAAGAAACUGUUAAGUGUACUUGUAAGCUUGUGUCAAAGCAUCUUCCUUUAGUAUAAUUGGAUACUACCUAGGUUGCAGUAACUGAACUGAUUCUCAAGAUUUCUAAUCUAAAUGGAGUAUUUAAGCUGUUUUAUUGUUGGACUUUGCAAAAUAGCUUGUCCUGAUUUUGUUGUUGUUGUUUAACUUCAUACCAUCUUCGUUCUCAGAGGCUGCAGUUUGGGUUUGAUCUCUGCCCAAGGUCACCAUUUCAGUGAGGGGCCUUAAAUGAUUGAAAUUGCGGGAGGAAAGGCUUUUACAUUCUCUUCAGGCAUAUGUUCAAUUGAACUUGCAUCAGCUCUUGAAUUGAAUCAUCUUGACAUGAGCAUGGUAUCUAUCUCAACGUGUGCAAUUCAUUGCCGCCACUGUACGUUUUGGGGAGGGGGGGUUAGGUUUUGUGGUUUAGGUGAUGGAAUCAGCAGUAGUCUUGUAUCAUACAUGAUAUGUUCGUCUGUGUUCCCUGUUCUGCCUCCCUGAUCUUUGGCAAAGAUCUUGAACUUCAGCUGAAGUCUUGCUUGUGUUCGUUACCGUGUUCUCGUUAAAUUCUUGAACUCGUGGUCUGAUGUGGUGUAACUGCUCUAAACCCAACUACCUGCUUGGUUACAGCUGAGCUUGAUAACCUUCAUGUAGGAAAUAGGUCAUGGUAGACAUCAGGUCUCACAGACGUUUCCCUCUGAAAGCUGUUUUACUCCAGAUCUUAAACAUUUUCAUUAUGGAUCGUUUUGUGGGGUGUGCAUGGGAAGCCUGCUUGAUCUGGUUGUUACAUGUGACUCUAACCAAGCUCACUAUCACCUAAAAAGCUAUCUUAAAGCUUAAAAUAUUCAUUCUAUAGCAAUCAUUAGAAAUUUGAACUUUCUCCUUAGAGAGAAAUGGAUCUGGAAUUUGAUAGCAUUUUUAACCUUUGAACUACUAUUCUUCCAUGGUGUGGGUGCCUAGAGUUGCAGGCUUGGUGUACUCACUCAGAAUUCCCCUCUGAAUAGGGGAGCUUCCUGGCACAGAGUUUAGCUGUGAUAUAUUACUGUGCAAGAACUUCUGCUUGGGACAAGUGAGUGUUGCCAUGCUGGAGAAAGAGCUGCUCAAGGUUGUGUUUGAUUUCGGAAGCUCUCUGAGCAGGUGUGUGUGGGGUUGGCAGGUGUUGGCAGGAAACAUGUAAUAACUCAGGAAUAGUUUGUGUGUUUGGGGAUGGAGAAGGAAGUAGCAACAAUUGUUACUCCGUAUCAGGCAUUAUUUGGUGCUUUCACUCAGUUAAUUUAGUGAGACUAUCUUGAUGCCAGCUGCCAGUAUCUCGCAAGCCCUGGUAAAGUAGCUCUAUGAGUGCUUGGGGUGGGUGUUACAGUGUGACAACAAGUCAGAGUGUUUGAGUCCCUGAGUGCAGGAGUGAACUCUUCUGUGAGCAAGUGGGACACCUGUGGCAUUUUGUCCUUGAAACAGCAGAGCGCUGUGCUGAAGCCUGCAGCCAGUUAUGAGUGGUGCAGUCUAUUUCAGGCGAACUACAAGCUGAGCUAAGGAUACAGGCCUGAAAACCCAUGUAUAGAAGUAAAGGAGGUGAUGCCAGAGGAUUUGCUAUGUCUGUGCUUAUUGCUCAAGCAAAAAGCUAUUCCAGAGGGGUGUAUCCUGUCCAACCCUUGCAGGAGCCUGGGGUUAUGCUACUGCAAUGCCAGUGGGUUAGAUCCUCGUCUGAGAAGUAGCUGGGGAAAGUGUUUUGGGUGAGGGUGAUCUGACUACUUUUCCUCAGGCUUUCAGCUCAUUCUCUUCAAUACCUGGCUGGCACCAAGGUGAGUGCAAGCUGCAUCAGCUGGGAGUGAGCAUUUGUCUUCCACACGUCAGGAGCAGCAAUGGGGUUGUCAGCAUGGGAAGUUUCUGUUUACCUCAUAUCCUGUCAUGGAGCUGAGGUGGAGCUGGGAGGAGAGAGAAGCAAACUAAGCCCUACUUCCAACCAGAGCAGGGGCUCAGCCUGCCUGCCCUAUCCUCCUGCCCACAUGCCUGGGCAGAACAGUGCUUCUUCCCUCCCUCUGUUGCUUUUGUAUCCUGGUAACAUGGCUUACGUCAGAGACAGUAUAUGUUGGUGACAUGGCUGCAUUUUAGGGUGCAGAAAGCUUCCUGUGGUCCUCUGAGCUGCUCUGAAGGCUGUAGCUCCAGGAGGAAUGAACAAAACCCAUCCCCAGAGAAAUGGUGAUGUAACUACUUUUGAUUCAGCCAAGUCUUCCUCUGAAGAACAAGGCUGCUGCCGGCCGCGCUGUGCCCGCCUGUGCUGCCCACCGAGACAGGCCUGCGUUGUGCUGCUGCUCCUGGCUGCCAUAGCGGCCAUUAUGGGCCUGGCAAUCGCACUGGGACUGCAGCCACGUGCACUGGUGAACCGCCCCUGUGUAGCCACCCAUAACUGGACAGGCUUCUUGUGCAAUGACAGAGUGACCUGCAUCCCAGCCAGCCAGGUCUGUGAUGGAACUGCCAACUGCAGAAAUGGAGAGGAUGAGCAGGAGAAACUCUGCGGUGACCUGCCCCGCAGCCUGCCGGCGUACCUGGUUUUCCACUGUGGUAACCCUGAGUACUGGGUCUAUGCUGACCAGAGGUGUAAUGGGAUGAAUGACUGUGGAGACUGCUCUGACGAGAUGGGGAGAUUGGCUGCCUGCCCUCCCUGCGGCCCAGCAUGGUGGAGCUGCAGCCCUGUUCACUACGAGUACUGCUCCUGUGUGCCCAGGGCCCUGUGCCGGGAUGGUGUGCAGCACUGCCUGAGCUGGUCCGACGAGUACCUCUGCAGGCCGUGAGGUCUGGGCACCAAGAAGCGUUGGGCAUGGCAAGGUGCUUCCUGCACUGUCACUUCCUGCUGUGCCACCACCCUGGAAGCUCUAGCACAAGCAGGCCCAGGUGAGCAGCUGCAACAGGCCUGCAGCAGAGAUGGGUGCUGUGCUGCGGGCAUCCCAGUGCUGCAGGCCGGGCAUCAGCUGUGGGACACCUCCAUGGGUUCUCCUGAGCACGUGCAUCUCUUGGCGCUCUGAGGGUGCAGAGUGGCAGCUUGGUGCUUAAUGAGCAGCUGUUGGACUGAGAUGUGUUAUAGUGCAGUUAGAAAGUGAAAAAGGAGGGAAACAAAGGCCCUUGCAGCCUUGGAGCAGCAAGCAAUGGAAAACCAAGAGCUUCUGCCAGGCCACAGGAUGACAUGGGAUCUGCUCGGUUUGCUCCUCUGCCAGUGCCACAGGCCCAACCAGCUGCCUUCACAGCACCCACGAGAUAAAGGUACAGACAUGCUACUGAAAUGUAAGAAAGCUGUGGUCUUUCUCUGUUCUUUUGAAAACCUUGUCUGUGUCUGAAACAUCAAUCCCAGAUUUACUGUUCCAGGCCCAAAAAAAAACCACUGGGCACUAUUCUUCCUGCAGCCAUGCCAGGUCAUAGAUCUUCAAAAAUAAAUCCCAGUUCACUCA